GUUUGGCAUUCCGUUAACUCCAAAUAUCCAACAUGACUCAACAAGCUACCGAAAACGAAAGUGCCCACCUUGAGAAAUCUCUUCUUGAAUUAGCCGAAUGUGAACAAAGAAUGGAUAAGGCUGAAAGAGAAGCAGAAAUUUUUAGAAUCAAAAACACCCAAUCGAUUUAUCAAGACCGUAGGUCAAUCUUAUUAAAUAUUCCUCAAUUUUGGUAUAUUGUUUUAGCUGAAAAUGAAGAUUUUGCUGAAUAUAUGAGUGUCGAUGAUUUGCAGUACUUAGAGACAAUCAGUGAUGUAUAUAUCCAUCAUAAGGUUGUUGAUACCAAUGAUACUGAACAUUACAAAGAUUUUUCAAUUAUAAUUGCAUUCAAAGAUGAAGCAAGUGAUUCCAAUGCUAUCAUCGAAUCCCAAACGAUUACAAAACAUUUCAAGACAGUUAUUGAAGAUGGUGAAGAAAAGAUAACAUCAGAACCAGUCGACAUAAAGUGGCCAAAAUCCUUAGAUGGCAUCAACCCAAACUUGAUCAAAUCCAAUGCUAAAGGCGAGUUAACCACGGAAGAAAAAAAGAACUACAGGACAGGUAUGAAAUCAUUCUUUGCUUGGUUUGGCUGGACCGGUACUAAACCAGGCAAAGAAUACAGAAAUGGUGAAGAAUUGGCCCGACUUAUUGUCGACGACAUCUUCCCAUAUGCUGUCAAAUACUACACCGAAGCAUUGCCGGCUGGUGAAGGAGAAGAUGAUGAUUUAGAUGACAGUGAAGAAGGAGAAGAACUUGACAUUAGUGAAGACGAAGACGACGAAGAAGAGUCAGGCAAAAAACGUUCUCCCGAAGACUCUUCCGAAGCUGCUAACAAAAAAUCCAAGCAGUAAUUAACAUUAUCCACUGGUUAUAACUACUUAUAACUUGUGAUAUAUCACCUCUAUGUAAUAAUAAGUAAUCAUUAC